GCAGUUGCCUGGUGACGCCGGAGCUGUGCCUGUGUUCGCCUUCGCCUGUUUCCUGUCCAGUGUGUCACCCAAAACAAGUUUGAAAUUGACAAAUCUCCGUCUGUGCAUUGAGGAAUACGCGCUUGCAAGUAUUUUUACAUCUGCGUACGAGCCUGAAACGGAUCGCUAUGUGAUGUGACACGGAGAGCUGAAAGGAGAAUCAUGGAAAAUUACUCAUUCGUGAGAGUUGUGGGGAAGGGAAGCUAUGGGGAGGUGAACCUGGUCAGACACAAAUCAGACCGUAAACAGUAUGUGAUCAAGAAGCUGAACCUGAGAACAUCAUCUAGGCGUGAACGAAGGGCCGCAGAGCAAGAAGCCCAGCUCCUCUCUCAGCUCAAACACCCCAACAUUGUCACAUAUCGAGAAUCAUGGGAAGGAGAGGAUUGUCAGCUCUACAUCGUGAUGGGUUUCUGUGAGGGAGGAGAUCUGUACCACAGACUCAAACAGCAGAAGGGAGAACUGCUACCUGAGAGACAGGUGGUUGAGUGGUUUGUCCAGAUUGCCAUGGCUCUUCAGUAUUUACACGAGAAGCACAUCCUGCACAGAGACCUGAAAACACAAAAUAUCUUCUUGACCAAGACCAACAUAAUCAAAGUGGGUGAUCUGGGCAUCGCCCGUGUUUUGGAGAGUCAGAACGAUAUGGCCAGCACUCUGAUCGGCACACCUUACUACAUGAGUCCAGAGCUCUUCUCCAACAAACCCUACAACUACAAGUCAGACGUGUGGGCGUUGGGCUGUUGUGUGUAUGAGAUGGCCACUCUUAAACACGCCUUCAACGCCAAGGACAUGAACUCACUAGUGUAUCGGAUCGUAGAAGGAAAGUUACCGCAGAUGCCAAGUAAGUACGACCCACAGCUUGGAGAGCUGAUCAAGCGCAUGCUGUGCAAGAAACCAGAAGACAGACUGGAUGUCAAACACAUCCUGAGACAGCCGUACAUCAAACAUCAGAUCUCCGUGUUUCUGGAGGCCACAAAAGAGAAAACCGCCAAAUCACGGAAGAAUGCGGUAAACAGCAAACCUCACCAUGAGCUUCUUAACUCUAAGUCAAAGAGCUGUGGUAAUGAGACUGAAGAAAACCACUUGAACCGACAAAGCCCCUGUAAUAGCGCAACAGAAAAUGCCCCUUCUAACACACACUUGCCCCCUAAAUCUCCUAGUCGGGACGUUCUUAACUCAACAGGUCAAUCUAUAGCAACCAUAAGUAACAUAGACAUUGAAGUCCAGGAGCAGAAGCACAAAAAAGCCAAACCACCUCAGCCAAAAUCCAGCAGCCAUCACGCCAACAAGCCACCAUCAUUAAACAAGAGGAAAGAGGAGAAAGAAGAUCCCCUUCCUCCUCAGGCACACCCUCCAAAACAGGUGUUGGGUGUCGAAAGAGCUGAGGAGAAGACGACAGCGAACGGAUUGAUAUCACAAAGCUCCACCACACCCAAACCUGCAGACCAAGCCAAGAGUCUGACGGAGUCUGAUGUUAGCAUGGACCUCAAGGUGGACACGAUGAAACUACUGCAGGAGGCAGCCAUGCACAACAUACCUCACCAUGAGAUCAAAGCUGAGAGCCGGAGAGGUUCAACAGCGGUUGGCGAUCAUCACAGCAUGUGCGUUGUAAGGGACGUUCCUGUUGGAAGUUCAACGGAGGAGAGUGAGGGAAGUCUAGACUCGACAGAGAAACUACUCAAACCUGUUCCUGUGAUCUUGAUGGAGCCGUCCAAUUCAGUGCCCACUGCAUCUGUCCCAGAGCAAAGCAAACCGGUUCUUCAUCCCUCUUCCUCUGAGCCGUCUGUUUCACGUCAGCGCAGACAGAAGAGAAUCAAGACCCUUGAUGAGAAUAAUGUAAAAGCAGUGCCCAGACCUCUGCCACUUCUUCCUGAAGACAUAUCAUCAGGUACCAGUCAACAGAACAGGAACACAGAUAAAUGCAAACCUACUGGACCCUCAUCUUCCACCAAGAACCCCUCAGAAGAACAGAAUCGUCCACUGUCUGCCAGGGAGAGGAGAAGACUGAAGCAGUUGCAGGAGAACUCAAGACAACAAGCAGCGUCUAAUGCCCCCUCAUUAGACUUGAAGCAGACAGACCAGCCAGACUGCCCGAGACCUACAGGUACCAGCACAACCAGGGAAACACAAAAGGAGAGGAAGACCUCAUGUAGACAGUCUGAUGAAGAUGAUUGUAGCACUUCUACCAGCUCCACCGAGCGCUCUGAGGGAGACUACAGAGAACGAAAGCGUGACACCAGCGAGAUGCAAGACUUGGUUCAAAUGAUGACACAGACAUUACACAUGGAUUCCAGAGAUUUGUCAUUAGAGACAGAUGAGCCAAGAUGCCAUUCUACUCCGGUGCCUGAGUUCAGACUGAACAGGAAGUACAGGGACACCCUGAUGCUUCAUGGGAAAGCCAAAGACGGGCGCGGACACUUCCAGAUCAGUGACGUUCCGUUAGAUGACAGCACGGGUCCAGCAAAGGUCAGGAGAAUGAUCGAGCAUCUGCGUACAGAUGUGGUGAAAGGUCUCGGUGUAAAGCUGUUGGACAGAGUUCUCGAUAUAAUGCAGGAAGAAGAUGAGGACAAGAGAGAGCGUCUACUGCAACAGCAAAUGGGAGAAGAGAAAUACAAGCUGUAUGCUGUAAAAGUGCGACAGCUGAAGUUUUUUGAGGACGUCACGUUUAAAGACUGAGAUUCACAUGAGGAAUCUUCUGACAUGGCAUUACUGCUGACUUAUUUGUGCUCUUGACAGAAAAACACUAUUCACUGAAGCCAAUAUCAACAAUCACUGUUUAUAUGUCUUUGUAAACUUAUAAUGAUAGACUUUAACACUAGUUAUGCCAGAAAGCUGAUGUUAUUAUGCACCUUUCAAGUUCACAAAGACAGAGAAGUACACUUUUUUUCUGUUAGUAAUGUGAAUUUAUGCUGUGUAGAUAGCAAACCUGAUCUUAAUUGCAAAACAGACUGAAAAUAGUUUAAUAGGUUUUUUAUAUAUCUUUUUCUGGACAAACUGUA